AUGCAGAGGCAAAGCGAGCUCUCCAGCCUCACGUUUCUGCAUGACUCGGUCUCCGAGGAGACGAUCAUUGCAAGGCUUCAGGAUCAUAGAUCUAUGAUUGAGCAGAACCCCUUGGUGAUCCACUACGAGCGGUGCCCCGCGCCCGCGGAUGCUUCAGAUGAAUCCGUCCACGUCUGGUUCACUCUGACCGACCGCAUUGAUUAUGUCCCGGGCCUCCUUCAGGGAAAAAUUCACUACCAAGCGAGCUUCCAUGAUACGCCUCGGGGGCUCCGAACACAUAUUCAUGCACCGCUGGGCGUUGAGAUUUGGAAUGAAUGGACAGUUUGCUCCAAUCGGACGGGAUCGGAAGUUGAGCCCGAACUCAAAGAUAAGCCAGAAGGAGUGUAUCUCCGCGAAAAAGUCGAAUUGCGGUGUCCAUUUGGCAUGGCAUUCUUUGUGCGGCGCAACAUCGAGAAAUCUCACUCCACGCUGGUGGAGCGACUGAGUGAGAGUGUGGCUGGGGCCGCGAUGGAGGGGCACAGUAGCCACGGCGGGGCAAGUAUUUGUCACGACCGUGCAGCUCCCCCAGCUUGA